ACCUUUGACAUUUGACAAAAUACCGGGAAAGCCCCCUUCUCAAUCUGAACAAGGAAGUGAAGUUCAAGUUUAGUGAACACUUGUAGGAUGCAAGUUGAAACUAUAUUUAAAAUGCAGUGAUCUAAACUUUACAUGAGCGGUCCUGAAAUACGGUUCAAAAAAUGGUUCGCAGACCACUGCCUGCACCGCCAGGGAGCAAUGUGAGUUCUCUACCUAAGUCCAAGCAUACAGACUUACCACCAGAGCCUCUCUAUGAUGACGGUGCAGAACCUCCCCCUGCUGUGGGGCCCAGGGGUGCUAAACCCCUCCCUCACAUGCCUGGACCAGCACAAAACAGGGUAAGUGAUGGAGAAACAUACGAAUCAGUCGAUAUAAAAGAUGAAAAAGUGGUCAUGCAGCCGUUUUAUGAUGAUUUUGACAGUGAUGCUUCAUCUGGUGAAGAUCAACAAGAAACCUAUGAUGAUUUUGGUCUCGGCGGUGCAGCACCGAAACAGCCUCCCGUUGACAGUGGUGAUCAGCUUUAUGAUGAAAUGUCAGAAGGCCAGCCUGUAAGAACGGCAAGACUCCCACCCCCUCCUCUAAACCCAGGAAAACGGCUGCCCCCACCCCCAGCAGGAAAUGUAGGAAAAGUCCCACCUCUAACAGGGAGGCGAGCCUUACCCCCGCCACCUUCACCCUCUGAGGAAAAUGAAGGGAAAUUUGAUGAUGAUAAUCAGGAGUUAUAUGAUGAGAUGGAAGAAGGCCAAUCUGUCAGGACAGCAAAAUUUUCACCCCCUCCCCCAAUCACAGGAAGAGGGCUGCCACCACCACCACCAGCAAGAGAUGCUGGUGCCCCACCUCUACCUACAGGGAGACAAGCCUUACCCAUACUACAAGAACCUUCAGUCUAUGAGGAAAGUGAAAAGAGAAGUGAGUCUCCUGGAAAUUAUUAUGACCCUGAUGAAAUGCAAGAUCAGAAGGAAGGAUGGUUACACCAGGACUCUAAUGAAGAAAGCAGUACUAUGAUGCAAGGUCAUUGGUCCAUUCCAUCAGCGCCUUCCUUGCCUAGGAGAUUACCUGCACAACCAGUACAAGAUGAGUAUGAAGAAGCAGACUUACCUCCCCCUCCAGCUGAUUUCUUCGUACCCUCUACCUCCCGGCCUGCCCUACCAGACAAGCCAACGACUUCCAAGACACUUCUGACCCAGAAGAUCGACGGUUUUGACCCAUCACAAAUCCUCAAGGUCAAAUUGAAGAAGGUAGAGCGCAACACACCAAACAAGGGAGCUCAGAAAUCAGAAGAACUGAAAAAUGAUUUUCGUGCAGUUCUUCAUAAGACUCCCCAGAGUAAAGAGAGUUGUCCACCAGUUCAACCAUUACAACCUCCAACCCUAAAAAAGAAGAAUGUGACCCCGAAUGAAGAGAAAACUGUGAACACUGAAGAGGUGAAGGCUUUUUCAAAGCCCAAACCUCCAAUUCAGCCCCGUGAGGAGAAGACAGAGAAAUCCGUAGUGGUCCCCAAGAAAGUAUUAGUGUCACCACCCCCCGUGAAUAUGAGCAGUCAUCCCCCACCCCAGAAAAUCAGCACCCUGCCCCCACCACCGGAGCCCAAGGUAGCAGAGACACCACCCCCGGUAAAGACGGCAAUGGUCAGACCUGAGAGGAAGCUACCCAAGCCUCCAGCAGAGGAUAGUGAUCACUUCGUAGAACCACCCGACCCACUGGAUAUGUAUCCAUGGUAUCACGGGAUGAUUGAGCGUGAUGAAACGAGGAAUCGGCUUAACAGUGAACCAGGGGACGGAGUGUUUCUGGUCAGGAAGAGUCGGAAAGGAUCAGACACACAACCUUACACAUUGGUUAUUCUCUAUGAGGAACACUUUUUUAAUCUCAAAAUACGCUGUCGUCCAGAGGACCAGAAGAUUGCUUUAGGAGAAGAAAAAAGAGGGGAAAUGGCCUUCAGUAGUGUGCCAUCACUGAUAUCCUACCACAGAGACCACAAUGUCAUUCUUAUUGGAAAUCCAGGAGGCGAAACUAAACUUAUAAAAUAUCCUAAAAGACCAUAUUAAAGCAAAAAGGUUUUUGUGAACCUGUGAUAUUGUUAAUGCUAAAGCCUUACAAUUGUUAGUUUCCUUUAUGGAGAUAAAAGUACACCACUGAAAACUCUAUCUGAAAAAUGCUUUGUGUAUAGCUUUACAGCUUGUUCCUGGGAAUAGAGUAGAGUUAAUUUAAUGUUCACUGAAGUUAUUUUGUUUAAUAUUUACCUUUUUUUGUACUUGUUAAAUAUCUGACAUAAAAGACUUUGCUAGGGUGGAAAAAAGUCCAGUGUAUAGAUUACCAGGCUUUAUACUGGCAAUGUGACAUGUAAUGGCCACCACAAACACUUGAGCUUUCCAUGGACAUAAAGGUGUAAAACAUUCUGCAGGUAUUGUCAGUGGUCUAGCAAAUAAAUAUUACUGAAAUAUGAGUUUAUUUUGCCUUCAAUGGCUCAUGUACAAAUGUCUACAUGACAUGAUCAAAUGUCUACAUGACAUGAUCAAAUGUCUACAUGACAUGAUCAAAGAGAACAUUGUAUGUCUCAGCUGUAGACUGAUUUACUUCAGGCUGGCUUCUGUGUACAAUGUCUCAAUUUUUGUUUGUUUUUCUUCAUGAACGUUAAUGUUUACAGGUGGUUUCUAAGAAAGUACUGUAUUUCACCUGAAGUCUGGUGUGUAAAAAUGCACGUUCAGAUCACCUUAGUUUCUCGAAUAAGUAAUCAGAAUGAAACAAAAUGUGUCAUGUAAAAAAUGCUGAAUUUUAGGUUAAGUACAGUGUGUAUUGAGCUGAACUUUUCAUAUCUCCUGCAGGUAAGAGCUUCUAUGUUAUCCUUGUUAACAAAAUCUACAAUGAAAACAACAUGUCAGUUGGUACGAUACAGUAUGCAUACAAGUAUCGUGUCAUAUUUAGUUUGAAUUUGUCAGUUGAGUUUGAUUGAGAAUUUUGGUCUGGUCUGAUACACACAACAGGGCAUUGUAUUCAAAGAAGUGGAUUGUUGAAUCCCUUCAUUCCACUUGGCAAAUCAAUUAAUGAUUACAACUAAUCCAAUUUCAAUCCAAAGUGUAGGCAAGAUGGGAAACCUUUGUAUUGAGAACAAAGUUUGUCUUGUCAUCAUGAAUACAUGAACAGUUCAGUUUGUACUGUGAAGUUUGAUAAACAACCAAAUAUAGCCAUGUGAUACAAGAUCCAAGCUUCCGGUAGAUAAGGUUGAACCAAGACAGUAGCCCCUGAUACCAUGUGUGCUUUCCACUCUGUUGGGAUCUGGGGACUUUUCCUUUCAACUUUUCCAACCAAAAUUUUGUGAUUCUAAAUCUGUCAAAUAAUUGAGCUCAUGUUUGUUUAUUGUAUAUUUGGUGUUAGAUACAAAAUACCACUGCGCUGUAAUUGUUAAUUUUGUAUAACGUGUAUA